CAAAGGAAGUGCGCGCGACACACAAGCGCGAGCCGAGUUUGAAAGUGAUUUAACGGCUGAUUAAUUUAUUUCUUAAUUCGGAUGUGAGUAACAAUCAGCCGUUUCCGGGUGUAACGAGAAAGCAUUGACUCCUGUGUCUGUAUCGGCUCCUGUGUCUGCUGUUUUGCUGAAGUAAAAUCGGUUUUUUUUUCGGGAUAGCACAUGAAAGACCAAGCUGACGGACGCUAGCUAAGUUGAUUAGCUGGUUCGCUAACAUUUAACGACAUUUAACCACUUUUGGAUUGGCAUUAAAGCUGAAAAUACUUCAGCUCCAAUCAAAGCUCUCCUUUUUUUGCUGCAAGGAUUGUAUAUUUAUAUUUAUAUAUAUAUCUAAUACAUGUUUUUUUGCGGAUAUAUUUAAUCGUUCAUGUGUCGCUUCCAAAAGUAGGUUUUCAGACAAGAUGCUAGAUGGUGAGUGGAAAGGCUGUGCGUAAUGCUGAAACGACUUAUCCAGAGUCACAAUGAGUGUCACAGAUGGCGAGGGCACAGCUAGCCAAGAUGGUCGGGCCUACGUUCUUCAAAUCUACCCCCGCCUCACCUUGGAGACGGCACCAUGCUGCAUAGUCAGAGUGUGCAAAGAGGCCACUGCGGCCACCGUCAUUCAAGACGCAGCUGCCACUCUAGGCCUGGAUGCCGGCAAGUGCUACGUACUGGCUGAAGUGAAGGAGAGCGGAGGGGAGGAGUGGGUCCUGGAGGCCACAGAUCUGCCAGUGCACAGGGUUUUACUGUGGCCCAGGAAAGCCCAGGAGGAGCAUUCACAGAGCGAGGGAUUCUACUUCAUCCUGCAAGAACGCAAUCACGAUGGCACCAUCUGCUAUGCUCACCUUCCGACUGUCAGCAGAGAGCAGGAUGCUCAGCACCUGGUCGCCCGAGGCUUUUUGCCUCCACGCCACGAGGACUUCAACGACCUCUGCAACCUUCCCAUUCUCAACGAGGACACUAUCUUGGCCAACCUGCACAGCCGUUUCCAGAAGAAGAAGAUCUACACAUAUGCUGGCAGCAUCCUUGUUGCCAUCAACCCUUUCAAGUUCCUUCCCAUCUACAAUCCCAAGUACGUCAAGAUGUAUGAGAACCAUCAGCUGGGCAAACUGGAACCCCACAUUUUUGCCAUUGCAGAUGUCUCGUACUAUGCUAUGCUGCGCAAGAGGAUCAACCAGUGCAUUGUUAUAUCUGGGGAGAGCGGCUCGGGCAAAACGCAAAGCACUAACUUUUUGAUCCACUGCCUGACUGCUCUGAGUCAAAAAGGAUAUGCAAGUGGUGUAGAGAGGACCAUCCUGGGAGCAGGGCCUGUCCUGGAGGCAUUUGGCAACGCAAAGACAGCCCACAACAACAACUCCAGCCGCUUUGGGAAGUUCAUACAAGUCAACUACCUGGAGAGUGGAGUGGUCCGGGGGGCAGUGGUCGAGAAGUACUUGCUGGAGAAAUCCCGCUUGGUUUCCAGAGAAAAGAAUGAAAGAAACUACCAUGUGUUUUAUUACCUGCUGGUGGGCGUGUCUGAGGAGGAACGCAAGGAGUACAAGCUCCUGCAGCCAGAGAACUACAACUACCUCAAGCAGCAAAACUUUACCAUAGAGGAUGCAGACGACCUUCGUCACGACUUUGAGCGUCUGCAGCAGGCCAUGGAGAUGGUGGGCUUCCUGCCCGCCACCAAAAAACAGAUAUUCUCAGUGCUGUCAGCCAUUUUAUACCUGGGCAACAUCAGCUACAGCAAGAAAGCCACAGGCAGGGACGAGGGACUGGAAGUGGGACCACCAGACGUGCUUGCUAAACUCUCAGAACUUCUUAAGGUCAAAGAAGAGCUGCUAGUCGAGGCUCUUACAAAGAGGAAAACAGUUACAGUUAAUGAUAAGUUGAUCCUUCCCUACAGCCAAAGCGAGGCGAUCACAGCACGGGACUCCAUGGCUAAGUCUCUGUACAGUGCUCUGUUCGACUGGAUUGUCCUGCGCAUCAAUCAUGCGCUGCUCAAUAAGAAGGACAUGGAGGAAUCUGUUCCGUGUUUGUCCAUAGGUGUACUGGACAUCUUUGGCUUUGAAGACUUUGAGACUAAUAGCUUUGAGCAGUUCUGCAUAAACUAUGCUAAUGAACAAUUGCAGUAUUACUUUAACCACCACAUCUUCAUGCUGGAGCAGGAGGAGUAUCAGGCCGAGGGAAUUACAUGGCACAACAUAGACUACACUGAUAACGUGGGCUGCAUUCACCUUAUCAGCAAGAAACCUACUGGACUCCUCUAUUUACUGGAUGAGGAGAGCAAUUUUCCACAUGCUACAGAUGGAACCUUGCUAGCCAAAUUUAAACAGCAGCAUGAGAGAAACCUUUACUUUGUGGCCACGCCUGUGAUGGAGCCGGCCUUCGUCAUCCGCCAUUUUGCUGGGAAAGUCAAAUACCAGAUCAAGGAUUUCCGGGAGAAGAACACGGACCAUAUGCGACCGGACAUUGUGGCCCUGUUGCGCAGCAGUGAUCGGGCCUAUGUGCGCCAGCUGAUCGGGAUGGACCCGGUGGCUAUGUUCCGUUGGGGCAUCCUCCGUGCCGCCGUCCGUGCCCUUGCUGCCUUCAAUGAAGCUGGACGCCGCUGGGCUGCUAAAACUUCUGGUGUAGUGAGACCCGUUUCAAGAGUUCCACUUGGAGAGCUGCAGAGGUCCAACACGCCCAUUGAGAUGAUGUAUCGCCGGGCUUCUAUGCUUGAUUUCUCGUUUGAUCUCUCAGAGGAGCGCCCCCUAGAGGCUUUUGAAGACAUCUUUGCUAGUUAUGAGAGUAAAAAUGACAUGCACGCCCAAAUUAUCAGCUCCAUUAAGGACUUGGAGUUGGAUGGCGAAGACCCACGUAAGCUGCUUCAGUCUUGGGGUCGCCUGCGCUUCCCACGCCACCUUCUACAGAAGAACAAGCACACCAAGCACAAGCAGCUGAUUCCCAAGAACCUGCUGGACUCACGCUCACUGAAAUUCAUUGUUGGCCUUCAUGACCGCACUACCAAGUCUUUGCUUCACCUGCACAAGAAGAAGAGACCACCGAGUAUCAGUGCUCAAUUCCAGACUUCCCUCAGUAAGCUGCUGGAAACUCUAGUGAAGGCUGAACCCUUCUUUAUCCGCUGUCUGCGCUCAAAUGCUGAAAAGAAGGAGAUGUUUUUUGACGAGGCACUGAUCCUGCAGCAGCUACGUUACACGGGCAUGCUGGAGACGGUGCGCAUCAGGAGGUCAGGAUACGGUGCCAAGUAUACCUUCCAGGAGUUCAUUGAACACUUUCAUGUGUUGCUGCCAAAAGAUGCAUCUUCUCCAGAAGAAAUCUCAACUCUGCUGAAGAAACUUGACUUAGACCCCAAGACAUACCAGAUCGGCAAAACUAGGGUAUAUCUCAAAGAGCUGGAAAGACAAAAGCUUAAGGACGCACUCCACAAAGACGUUAUGCACAAAAUCCUUUUCCUGCAGCGCUGGUUCCGAGCUAAAUUGCAGAGGAGAGAGUUCCUUCAGAUGAGACAGGCAGCCAUAGUUCUACAGCGCUCAUGGCGUGACAUCCGCAAGAGACGCUGGCUGGCAGCAACUUUGAUUCAGGCCACAUGGCGAGGAUUCAAGCAGAGAGCAGAAUACCAGAACCGGCGAGCCUCUGUAACCAAAAUCCAGGCUCGGGUCCGAGGCCAGUCCGCUCGAAGAAGGUACAAUUCUCUGAAGGAAGAGAAGAGGAAGCGAGAGGAGGAAGAAGCUCAACGGAGGAAAGAGCAGGAGGAGGAAGAGGCAGCCAGGCGAGUCCAGGAGGCAGCAGAGGUCGCUCGGAAACUACAGGAGGCUGAGGAGGCAGCCCGACAAGAGAGAGAGGCAGUUGAGGCUGCAAGAAGGGCACAAGAGGAAGCAAAGAGACAAAGAGAUGCUGAAGAGGUGGCUAGAAAAGAGAAGGAGGCAGAAGAGAAGGCAAAAAAGCUCUCUGAACAGAAGACAAAGAAGGAAGCACCAGAGGCGCAAAUAAAUAAUCAGGCUGUCAUAGAAAUGGACAGAAAGAAUGAUGGCAGUGAUUUCGCACAGAAUUUGGUGGAAGAGGAAAGCCAGCAGUCUGAGGCUGGUCCUCAGCAUGAAGUAGAGCUCCAGGAUAAUCAAGUAGCAAAUGAACACAAUAAGCAUUUGGAUGUCUUGGAGAAGCACAAUGAUGAUAUGAAAACUGUCAAAGAAGCUAACAAAGAGUCUAAUAUUGUAUCACCAGGAAAAGGUAGUCAAAUUAAAGUCAGUGCUGCCAAUACAGUUACUGAUAUUGUUCUCCCUAAAACAGACGAUUAUGUAAAAAUCCCUCAAACUGGCAGCCCAACAACUAACACCAUUCAUCCUGAUCCAGGCCAGCAAAGGGCUCCACUUAUGGGGAAACUUCCUGCUUCCCGGAGUCAGGAAAAGAGAGAACUGAGGAGGCAACGUGGUUUAGAACACAGCCAAAGGGAAAGUGUCCGUGCAGCUGCAGCAGGUAAAGAUGAGAGCUGCAAAGAACUUGACCAGUACACCUUCAUAUCCCAGAAAAGCGAGAAGACUAAGAAAGCGACUGAAGAGAAGGUAAAGAACAAAGCUUUGACCCCAAUCAGGCCUUCAACUUUACCCCUGGAAGUGCCUGCAUCUGACGAGCCCAAACACACUCCAAAGACCAAGGAUGUGCGAACUCGGGAAAAGAGCAACACCCAGCCUGAGAGCAUGUUAAAAGCAUGUUCCCUGGAGGAUCAGCGCACUAAAAUGUUAAAGCCCUCCCGGUCAUUAGAUGAUGUUACAGAGUUUAAGACCUCAGAAGUCCCCACAGUUUGGCAGGGCAAUGUGCAUUGUCAGAAGUGUCCCAGACGCAGACAUCGACUAGGCUUUAUACGUAACUGCUUGAAGUUUAAAAGUGCAGAAAUGGAAGAUGUGGAGCACUGGAUAUUCUCUCAUUCAGUCCCUGUAAAGCCUCUGCCUCGUGUUGUUGAGGGUCCUCCUGGAGGAAGAACAAGCAGCGUGAAAAGGUCAUCGCAGGACGACAGCCCUCAAACACAUCCUCAAACUCCUGAAAGAUCAACAGGCUUCUUCCGGAAGAUCCUGAAGAAACGUCCUCAUAAAGAGGCUCAAACUCCAGAAGAUGGAGACCUGGUGCUGGCGGCAUCUUUGAGUGAAAAAGAAUGCAUCCACUCCAACACUUCACGCACUCCUCAUUCAGAGGCUCCCAGUGGACGUCUUGGUCGAAACCCCACUAUUAAGAUCAGCCGUGCCACACGAGUCACAGAGCAAUGGAAUGCCUCGCUGGACCGUGAGAUCACCAAUGCCAACGAGCUCCAGCACCUUGACGAGUUUUUAGGAAAUCAGGUUAAUGACCUGCGCUCAAGAGGAAAGCAGCUGUCAGCGACAGAGCACAUCUUUAUCACAGCCACCAUGCAGUUCAGAGAGAACAUCAAAAGCAUGUACUCUCUUUCAAAGCCUCACAUUGGAUAUAAGGGUCUGAUGAGAGGCUACCAGAGCAAGGUGAUCAGUUUAGCUGGCGAGCAGCAGAAAGGUGAGGUGCAGCUCGUCGUUAAUCUGUUCCAGUCUGUGCUCGACGGGUUUAUCAGGGGAGAGAUCAAAAGAGAAGAAGCUGAACCUGUGAAGCCACCAAAAGGUCGUAAAAAGAGGAGGAAAAAAGACAAAAACAUGGAGAGUCCACUGGACCACGUGUUCAGCAAUUUCCAGGUGAACAUAAUGCAGUCAUGUGACCAGUGCUCUUCCUACAUCUGGGGGAUGGAGAAAGCCUACAUGUGCAGCUAUUGCAAGCUGGUUUGCCACAAGAAAUGUUUGUCCAAAAUUGUCACAGACUGUAAUACUUACUGCUCAAAAAAGAACGAAGAGGACUCCAGUUCUCAGCACUUUGGUGUGCAUGUGUGUCGCCUGGUCACCGAUAAGGUCCCGGUCCCCAUGGUUCUGGAGCUAAUGCUGGAACAUGUAGAGAUGAAUGGUCUCUAUACUGAGGGUAUCUACAGGAAGUCUGGCUCAGCUAACCGCAUGAAGGAGCUCCGGCAACUUCUCGAAGCUGAUCCUAAUGCAGUGUGUUUGGAGGACUACCCCAUCCACACUGUAACUGGUUUGGUGAAACAGUGGCUGAGGGAGCUCCCUGAACCGCUAAUGAUGUUUAAUCACUACAAUGACUUCAUCCUUGCAGUAGAAUUACCUGAAAGGCAGGAACAGCUUCAGGCCAUCUACAGGCUUAUAGAGGAGCUCCCUACAGCCCACUACCAGACUCUAGAGAGACUCAUUUUCCACCUAGUUAGGGUGUCGAGGGAAAAGAAGAGUAACCGGAUGACCUCAAACUCCUUGGCCAUUGUUUUCGCCCCUUGCAUCCUGCGUGGUCCUGACAGUGCUGACCCACUACUCAGCAUGAAAGAUGUUGCCAAGACGACCAUGUGUGUAGAGAUGCUGAUUAAUGAGCAGAUGAGGCGGUACAUUGAAAGGCUGGAGGAAAUUGAACAGCUAGAGUAUGCUGAGACGCUGGCAAAGAACCAACUCAAACUGAAGAGAAGCAACACAAGCUGGCCUUUACCUCUAAGGUUUACCUCUCCUUAUAAAGGAGUAGCGGUGAAGGAGAAACCUUCUGACCUUUGUGUGGUUCCUGAGAAUGAACCACUUGACUCAGACACAGAGGCUGAAAGGAACUUGGUGGAGCGAAUCAAGUCCAUCAAACAGGAGAAAGAGGACCUAGUCUGUAGUCUACCAGAUAUGGAGCAGCCAGGUUCAGAUCAGGAGAAUCUGGACUCGGAGGCCUCGGCUAGUUCAGAGAGUCUGUUAGAUGAUCGGUCUCACAGUUUGGACAUGGAAGGUAGAAUGAUGGCCGUAACACAAAUCCAUGAACCUAAACCCUCUAGCUCCUUCUUGUCACCCCUGUUGACUUCAUCAGCAAGUACGAACUCCUGUCCCUCCAAUCCUGCAUCCUCAUCCUCCAGAAAUCAGCUCCAGCGCCGGCAUCCCAUCAUCCCCUGCACGCUUCGCCUGCCCCCGGGCGUCUUCACACUUGUACAGAGACGGCCACGGCCUGGACGCCGUAAAGACAGCAUCCAGUCACUCUUCAUUGGCUCUGGAACUGAACUAGAUGCCUUGUCCUCUCAAUCCUCUUCCUCUAUCCCGCAGGAACUCCUCGUCUCCUCCAGACGCUUCUCAGACCCUGACAUUGCUCAUAUCCAAGAUGGCGUUUGAUUCACGCCUAACAGAACGGUUCAGCCAGGAUGACUGGCUCUGCUCACCAAGCACUUUUCCUCUUCAUUAUUAAUGAUAUAGAAUUUUUAAUAGACUUUUUAAGUGCAGUUUUGUGGUGCAGCCUCAUGGGUGCUAUCAUGAAUCUAAACUCUACAAUAUUUUUUCUAUUAUUAUUUUAUGGUCAAAGAGCAUGAUGUUGCACCUUUUUGCUUCUUUUUCCCUUUUUUUUAAGUUUUUAAUUGUGCCUUUGGUUUCUUGUCAGUGUAUAAAUUCAUGUUGGUUUGAGGAAAAGUAUGAGGUUAAGGACAAUUUUGUACCUCACACUUGAAACACUUAAAAAAAAAAUAAAUAAAAAAAAUAAACCCCAGAAACGUUUACAACCGUUUUCCACCAACACAUUGCUGGUGCAGAUUCUGAGGACCAACACACUCUUUUUUAGGAAUUUUUUUAGCAGUUAGCAGGUUUUCAUUCAGAGUUGAAUUCUUAAUAAAAUGUACACAGAACAAAGAGAGAGCAGGAUGUAUGUCAAGUAUGGAAUACUAGCUAUUUAUUCUCAGUGUACAUUUGCACAGGUUCAUUCACAUCUUGGAAAACAAUUGAUCCUGAUACUAAACGGGUCACUGAUUAUGGUUGCAAUAUUAAUUUUUACAACUUUUGCAAUAUGUAGGGGUUUUAAUGGUAUGUAAAUAACUUCACUACCAUUUUUUUUUUGUUUGUUUGUUUUUUUGUUUUUUGUUUUUUUUUCUUCUCCAUAUCAGUUCUUGCUGUAUUGUAAUGCUGGAAACGGUUCAUCAAUAAUCACCACACACGACGUUGGUGGAAAAGCUCUUUUAAUGAACAUCUCAAUCUCUGUCCUCAUGGAUCAUUUUAAUCAUGCAAAGGAACAAAAACAGCAUGAGCCACUUUCUCUCUGGUUGAAGACACCCAGACGAAGCAACAUGAAAAAUGGCUGUACUUUUUACAGUUCAGUUUUACAGAAAAUUAACCAUAACCUGGAUCUUUUAGUAAUUAGUAGGACACUGCGCUUAAGGUCAUUGGGAGUAUCUGAGAAGAACUGUGUACUGUGUUUACUAAUGAUGUCAUGUGUUUUAACCCGCUGGUGUGUUUUGUGCCAUGUUGAAGUGUAGCGAGUGAGAACGGGUGGAUGAUUACAGUUUUAAAUGUCAUGCUUGCUUUUUUGUUGUUGUUUUUUUUUUUUUGUGGUGGGGCCAUGUUUGUACUCUUAAGUGGCAAAUGUUUCUGUUCUGCUGUUCUGCAUCUAAUGGACAGAUUUAUCGAAUUAUUUUCCUACAAUACACUUUGUACUUGCCUGCACAUAUGCCUGAUUUUCAUUCUUAAAAGUCUCAGAUUGGACCAGUGUGCUUGUUUUAUUUUUUUUUUUGUUUGUUUUUUUUUUUUUUGUUUGUUUUUGCAGGGUUGCCUCAGGAUAAACAUGGACUGAGAGGAGGUCUGAUGUUAAUCAUGUGUAUGGAAUUUUGCACUAAUGAAGUAGAAACAGUGAGGGUUUUAAUGGGUUCCAGGAUGGAAGAAGUGUACAGCUUAGGACAAACUACUAAAAUCUCAUUUUAUCAAUCCCUAUAAGUUUUCAACAUUAACCUUCUAUAGAGUAAUUCAGUGAGUUUAUAGUGUAUAGGUAAGCAGCUACUGAUUUCACCUCAUUGUGUUAAACCUCAUAGUAGAAUGAUAGGGGUAGUUGCUGCAAAUGAUUUUAGUUUAUAUUAACGCACUCCUUUCAAUACAUUGAGUUACAUUAUGGCAGGUACGCUGCAUAACCCGAGGCUAAUAAACAUAAAUAAAUAAUAGUGUGCUUGUUACUGGGAGGUUUUCUGUAAGGACACAAUUACUGAAUAAUUAUGGAAGGAGUUUUCAGUGAGUACUUUUGUACAGUCAGAGUUAAAGCUGUAACUUUAUUUUCUUACAUCUUCAGUACAGAGGCAUUUUGUGGCUUCUCAGUAACAUUACACAUUUUUUUAAUGUUUUUGUUGAACAGAGGAAAAAAAAGUUGAGGGAACAAGUGUUUAUAGCUACUAUAACAAGUAUUAAUGGGAUCUAACUUGUUCUGUGGAUGUCCUACAUCCUUAAAUGUAACUGGAAAAAAAGGAUUUUAAAGACUGAUAUACAAUAAAUUAACAUAAUUUUAAUCAUAAACUUUUGUAUCAUUGGCAAAAAUUGCUGUUGUAUGAAAGGAAUAAAUGUAUAAUUUAUGAAUGUAUUUAUUUGAAGCAAGGAUAAACAUUAGCACAUUUGUUACUAAACAGACAGGUUGCUUUUAAUUGAAGGUUCACACAUUUUUCUAGUGUCUAUAUAUUUAUAGUUAAUCCUCAUGAUAACUCUGGAUGGAGACGGAGCUCAUCAGGCUAUUGGAUGUAGAAGAGAAACAAAACUAUUCUCUAAGGCUGGGGGUCUCACUCCUCUAAACUAUUCUCUAAGGCUGGGGAUUUCUCACACUGAGUGGAGAAAUAAGUUAGAAUCAAAUGUACAGUGGUGUGAAAAAGUGUUGGCCCCCUUCCUGAUAAUUUAUUGUUUUGAUGUUUGUCUUUAAUUGUGCUUUAAUGUUUCAGAUCAAACAAAUGUAAAUAUUAGUCAAAGAUAACACAAAUACAACAUGCAGUUUUUAAAUGAAGGUUUUUAUUAUUAAGAGAAACAAAAUCCAAACCUACAUGGCCCUGUGUGAAAAAGUGUUUGCCCCCUAAACCUAAUAAAUGGUUGAGCCACCCUUAA